AUGACUCGGAGAUCAUGUGCAAUUUACGCUACUGGGUUUGUCUGCGCCCAUCUACUGAUAGUGGGCAUCGCCUUGGUCGUGGCUCAAGUCUUCCAAACAAUGAUUUACAAUCGGCUAAAAAAGGUGAGUUGUAACUUUUCCUCACUUCAAACAUGCAUUUUAUAGUUUUUUGUAGUCUGGUGGCUUUAAAUUGUUAACGUUUGUUGUGUUUGCACUGAACAGCAGACGGUGAGUCACAUUUCCCAUCCCUUGUAGGUACGGGUUUUCAACCUGGACUCAGGAGUAGACGUAACAUAGUUAAUGUAUACCGGGCAAUUCAAUUAGUAUGAUAUGUUACCUUUCAUAUGAUAUAUGUGAAUUUGUGGGUGUCCGUUAUUAUUUCAUAUGAUAUGUUAUGAAUUACAAUUUGUAUGAUAUGUUACGGAUUGCAAUGUGUACAAUAUGUUACGGAUUGCAAUUCAUACAAUAUGUUGGCAAAUUUGCAAAAAACGUAUAUGUUACGAAUUCUAAUUUGUUGUGGCUAAUGUUGGCAAGGUGGCUAAUGUUAGCUAUGUAUUUAACGUUAACUAGGCUAGGGGUUAGGGUUAGGAGUUAGGUUAAAGGGUUAGGGGAUGGGUUAGCUUACAUGCUAAGUAGUUGCAAAGUAGCAAGUAGUAGCAAAGUUGUUUGUGAUAAAAUUCGAACACGCAACCUUUGAGUUGCUAGACGUUGGCGUUAUACCUUCUGUCUUAUGUAACCAUACCAAACGUAACAUAGAAUACUAUUUUCAGUGUCCCGGUUUACUAUGUUACAUCUAGUCUGAGACCAAGCUGGAGCUUUAAAUGUGAUGUUAGCUAGCUAGCUACAGCAUUGAGUUCCCUCAAACCUUAUCUCCAGUCAUUUACCCACCCAACAUGGGUCAGUACAACAUACCAUGCUUUCCAAGUUCACCAAUUUAUGUGCUGCAUUCUUUACCACCAACCAGGGAUGGUUUUUGUGGUAGGACGCAACAUUGUAUCAUUCAUAAAUCCGCAACAUUGAUUCAAACCUCUUGAACAGCUCUGCAUGUAAACUCAGUGUAUUGUAGUAGCCUAUGGAUGGAAUCUCGCUGGCUGAUUUACAAUUCGGGGUAUGCUCAUGUCACAGUGCGUGGUGGUAACACCAUCACCAUGGAUGGGUGCACUCAGAGCAAGCAACAUGCUUUAUUCCAUCAAUACAAUAAACCCACUAUAAAUUCAUUUGCUAAAUCUCAAAGUCAAGCUUUAUUAUACACGAUACAGAUUAUUUGAAAUAGAACUGCUGCAUUUUCAACUGCAGUGUAUUCAUCUUAUUUACACGUCUGUGUCUCACAAUAUAAUUGAUUUGGGAUUUAAAGUUAUAUGAGCUUUCCUAGUGGCUUAUUGGGUUUAUCAGUCAGUGGUUGUAGUAGGGUAGGAAUUUCGUGGUUGUAGGAGGGUAGGGGGAGGUGUGUGCGUGCACAUGGGUGGGGGAAGGGAGAGAGAUCGUGAAGGCUCGGAGUCCUGCUCUCUUUUGAAAUACUUUGCAUUUCAUUCUUCCCCGUCUUUGCUGAACAGGUUGAAUACUACACUAUAAAAUAAUCCCCCCAAAAUGUCCUAGGGAUCUGAACAGGUUCAAUUUCUCUUUCUAAAACUGCCAACCUCAGCAGAAAUGUCAAACUGACAGUGAGCGUAUACAGACAAACAGCCCAAGGUUCCCUGCCACAGUUUAAUUGCUGCUGUUAAAUUCACAUCUGGGUUUAUUUUGGAUAUGGUGGUGUCAUCCUAGACCUAGAAUACAUAACGUCAUGAAAUGAAACAAACAAAAUAUUGUUAUCAAAUAUCAGCCUACCGGGUACUUUAUGUUCAAUAAAGUGUCUUAUGUGGACAUUGCCGGUGACUGAAAAGAUAAAUGAGAAAUUAAGAAGUAUUGUCCAUUCACAACUGUACCACUUCUAAAACUGAUCUGUUGUUUCGUGUCAUAGUGCACUUUUAGAACAACUUUGCAGUAGCCUACCUAGAGGACUUCUGGUAAAAGGGCGUGGAUGGGAGGAGGGUUAAAUUCAUGUGAGGAAUCUGACGGACUCCUUGGCCUGGAGGCAGGAUUUUUUUUGCUCAGACAGCAGUCAUCUGUUUACUUGUUGUUUCAGCCCUGGCCUGAUCUAGGUCUAGAGGACUGCUCUUCCAGGAAAAAAAACCCUCUGCCCCUCCUCACACUAUAUUUUGGAGGGUAGAGUAAAAAACUUUCACAACAAAUGUAUAGGUGACAAACCUGUUUACUUUAAUUCAAACAGGUUUUUGUCAUCAUUUAUAGAUUGGAAAACCAGAGAAAAAUAUGCCACUCAAUAUAAUUUCUUAUUAUGUUGAGAACAGUUAUCAAACCACAACUCCUGCAUAUAUUUUGGCUUUAGUUGUUAUGCUUGCAUGUCCUUACCACUCACCAUGUGACCCACCCCCACCCACCAGCUACACAUAGUGAGUUAGAUUUUUGAUAAGAUUGAUAAACCGCAACCCUCUGUCCCUGCUUGCUUGUGAGAUCAAGGUUUUAAGCAUUUCUAAGAGCUAAAUGAUGUAGACAUCACGUCUAUGGAAGCCCUUUGAGAGACCUUCCUUUUUCAAGGUUGGUAAACACAGGAAUGAUUCUAAUCUAGACCUUGGUUUUACCAAAAGUUCAAAUGUUGUAAACACAGAAACUGUCACUCUUGAAUUGUAUCUGUUUGAAAGGGACUCAAUUUAAUCUAGAAAAACUAAACAGACUUCACUGAUUGCGAAAUUUGGAAACUUGGUAGAACACUGCUGAUGACUCUGAAUCACGUGCUGUUUGUGUUUCCCUCACUCUCUCAUUUUCUGUAUGCAAUCAGUGUUUGGCUUUAAACACAUUCAAUCCAACACACAGCAUUGGAAUAGGUGGCUUACUUUGGCUUUACUUACCAUUCAGGUGACUCAAAUGAUCUUGUAAAAUAAAGGGAAAUGUCUUUAACGUAUCAAAUAGGCUUUUUGUUACUUGUUCCAAAAUAACUCAGGGAUAUUUUUCUUUAAUGUGAAGCAAUAUUUCACUCCACAGCAUUCAUACUUUGCUGUACAUCAUUGAUUAUUCAAUUUGAGUUGAUUCACAUUCAGGGCUCUAAAUUGCGACCAUGUUGGUCGCAUAUGCCCCUAGAUAUUUUAUUUUGGGAGUACCAGUGCGACCAGAGAAAAAAUCCCCCAGAUAAUAAUUAUUGUAAUGAUAGGUUUCACUGUGCAGUUGUUUCCUAGUGCCCUAGAGAAAAAAAACGUGGUUACAGAUUUGUUCAGUCCAAAGCCUACAUUUUAAAGAAUGCAUCAGUGAUUUGUAUUUCUUGCAACUUUCUGAAGACGAAAUGGCAUGGGAAUGCAGCUGUCAACCACUUUGUGUAGCAAGUUAGUGAUGCCGAAACAGCAGUCAUUAUAUAUAUAUAUAUAUAUAUAUAUAUAUAUAUAUAUAUAUAUAUAUAUAUAUAUUCUGGUGCUCCUAGAUUUUAUGUUGUGCUCCUAACCUUUUAUUAGAACCCUGUUUACAUUACUUGUGCUGGAUACUAGCAUAUUUCACUGCCGCAAUAUGCCCACUCCAAGUUAUGAUCUUGUUUAAAACUGACUAGAAUCUAAGUGAAGCAAUAGGCUUCUGUUUUGCCCCUGAGGAGCAUGCCCCCCAGUUCAAUGCUCUAGUGAGAGAGUGGUGACCUUUGGCCCAGUUGUAAAUAGUGUUUUUCUCAGAAUGUGUGUGUAUGAGCCAAAAUACUGUCCUAUCAUUUUAUGACUUCAUAGGGAGUAUGCACCUCAUUGUAAUGUGUCAUUCUACCAUCUUAAAUCAUGGUUGGACUAAAGUCUUGACAGGAAACAAGUGUUUGUGCAACCCUGAUGGGCCACACCUUAAAAUAAACAUCCUCUUUCAAUCACUGAGCUUCGCUGAGCUUCUCUGAGACUUCAGCUGAGUGAGUGAGCUGUGUGAAUGUUAAAGGCCUUUCUCAAGUACACCUCACUUUACUCAGAGGACAGAGAAAGCAAUCAGGAACCCCUUAUGUAAAGGACGGGGGAAGUGAGACAUUUCUCACUUGAAGUUAGAAAUACCGAUUUCUCUAUACAGUAGGCCCUAUUGGCGUAGAUUAUUUACCGCUGUUUUAUGGAUCAACAGACAGCUUAACAGUAAUUUGCUCUUUAGAUUUGACAACCAUGUUUCAACACGCUUCAUUCAUUCUAAGUGUUGAAUGUCACUGCGUCAGUUUUAGUUACAGUUGAAUUACCUUGUUGAAACUACUGUUUUCUAGUCCAGGCAUGACGGCUAACUUUUAACCACUUUCCUGUAUUCAGAUGAUGACUAAUAGGACAGUGAUGCCAGUCCAUAUUGUUUAUUCAAACUGUCACGCUGCCAUUAUGGUGGGUGGCAAUUUAGGCUUUUUGAGGAUUGUCCUGAGCAAAAUGCAAACAUCUUUCUCAUCCUGCUGAAGUCGACAGAGACUCCUCCUGUGCAGUUUUCGCUCAGGUUUUCUGCUUGUACUGACAGUUAUUCACCUGUGAAGGACUUUUCCCCCUCACCCUGUUUUGGUGUGCUGGCAUAGGGUCUACACUACAUUAAUUGCAGUGUGUGCUCUUUCCUGGCAUAACCUGAAAAGGAUUGUUGCUGGAUGAUGCUGACGGAAUCAAAAAUGUAAUUGCUUUUGAAAGCCAAAAUAUCCUUAGUUUAGAAAUUAAUGAGGAAACGUUUUUAAAUAGCAUUUUAGGCUAAAUAGCUUUCUAUCCCUCCGGAAUGUACUACCAUAAACAGAUUAUGCUUGGAGAUAUCAUUGUUGUUUUGGUCUGUCCUUGAUCAUUAACUGUAUUUCUCUCUCUUUUUUUGUAGGAAUUGACCUUGACUGAAGCGAGCCAAGUAUUUGAGUCGUGGAAGAACCCGCCUCCUCCAGUCUACAUGGAGUAUUACUUCUUCAACGUGACCAACCCUGAAGUGUUCUUAGCAGGGGGCAAGGCAGCGGUCACCCAGAUUGGACCUUACACUUACAGGUAGGUUGACAACACACUCACUGCUCUCCUUUCAAAUGAGAUGGCCUCAGUUCACAAAGGGCUUGAGGUCCACACUCGUAACUCGAGACUUCAGUGGAACGCCUAUAUCGAUACCAAUGAAAGGUUUUUGCUAAUAUUUGUGUUUCAUGUGCGUAUCUCAAGUUAAGAUUCGGUCCACAAUGUAUUUGUUUUAUGAUCUGUUCGUUUGAUCAUGGGAAGCUGGUGAUGCAGGUUUUGGGAAAGUCAUAUUGACUGAAUGUUGUUCCAUGCUGCUGAACCUGCUCAUGGACUUGUUUGAACUCGUUCACAUGGGGGGGGAAAUAUCUCUGUGGAACGACUUAACCUUUCUACCCACACCUUUCCAUAACAGGGAAUACAGACCCAGGGAAAAUGUAACUUUCCUUGAAAAUGGAACCAAGGUUUAUGCCCUGAACCCCAAAAGCUUUGUCUUCGUCCCAGAGAAGUCCCGGGGUAAUCCAGAGGUCGACAUUCUGAGGACAGUCAACAUCCCAGCUGUGGUGAGUUAGUGUGUGUGUCUCUCGGUCUCUGCUUGUUACCUCUACAUACUUGUACAGUCUUCGCUUAUGUACUGUAUAUUAGCUGCCAUGGACAUAGUAUAGUAUGUUGGGCGGCAGAUGGACUAGCGGUUAAGAGCGUUGGGUCAGUAACCGAAAGGUCACUGGUUUGAAUCCCGAGCCAACUAGGUUAAAAAACCUGCCGACGUGCCUUUGAGCAAGGCUCCAGGGUUGCAGUCAAUAAUGGCUGAUCCUUGGGGGGUCUUCGAGGGGGGGAUUGGAAUAUGCAAAAAACACAUUUCCAAUUCACACUUGUACAUAUGUGAAAUAGGACAAAUGUAAGCACCCACCUAAUAAUAAUAAUAAUAAUUAAUUAUUAUUAUAAACUAUGGUGCAACGCGGUUCUAAGAAUACAUAGAAACAUGAGGGUGUGAAUCAUUCCACAACUGUUCUGUUUUGGUCAACUUUAACCUUUCGAGAGUCGCAGUAUAACCACUAUAACCAUGUACUGACAUUCCUUUACUGCACAUGUAUCAAACUCAUUCCACGGAGGGCCGAGUGUCUGCGGGUUUUCGCUCCUCCCUUGUAUUUAAUUGGUGAAUUAAGGUCACUAAUUAGAAAGGAACUCCCCUCACCUGGAUGUGUAGGGCUUAAUUGAAAGGAAAAAACUAAAACCCGCAGACACUCGGCCCUCCGUGGAAUAAGUUUGACACCCCUGCUUUACUGCAUCAUUCCAGUAGACUUUCCAAGCAUAAUGCUAAACUCCGUUUUAUGACAUCUUGGUGACUUGUUCCUAUAAACUUGUUACUUUAUCGCAGACACUUCCGUGGACUUAAUCCAAUUUCCAAUGACAAGAACCAGACCAGACGGCAACCAAAGCUAUGGACUUACAAACGUUGUUUAUGAUUGUGUUGCAUAGUGCCGUUGUGUUACUAGUGGAAAUUGGGUGGUAUGAUCGAAUGUGAUCUCUAACCCCCUCUCUCUCUGUUUCCUCCCCUCUCCCUGGACAGGCGGUGAUGAGCGAGCUGAACUCCUACUCCUUCCUGCUGCGUACCUUCGUCUCCAUGUGGAUGAACUCCAUCGGUGUGGAAAUCUUCAUGACCCGCACCGUUCACGAGGUGCUAUGGGGUUUCAAGGACCCUCUGCUCUCCAAAAUCCACGCCAUGAAGCCAGAGGUGGACGAGAUGUUUGGACUGAUGUGGAAGGUAAGCACUGUUUGUAUUCAGUAAAAACCUUGAAAUACUGUAAUAAACCAUAUGCUCACUCAGAUUACCCUUCAGAACUGGUCCUUGUUAAUACAGUUAUUCACUAAAGUUAUAGCCUUAGCUAAUGGCCGGUCUUGAAAUUGGGAUUUAGUAGAAGUUGUGACAUUGCGCGAUAAAUCCUUUAGUCAUCGGACCAGAAGGCGGUUGGUAGGGACUGGGACGAGGUCUUGUGGUGUCAUCACAUGAUGAGAGUGAAAAUGACAAUAUGCUGAUGAAGCUUGCUUACUUCCCCUCUUUCUGGGAGACUCAUGUCUGCUUUGGAGACUCGUGUCUGCUAUUCUGCCUCAAGCAAUAAGAAAGCAAACAGUCAGAUUUAACAAACAAGUUCAGGGCAUUAUUUGGAAAAUCCCCGAAAGAAGUAGACGUUGGGUAGAAUUUUACCUAUACCUAAACUUUCAAAUCUCAAUCUCAACUGUCAAAGCAUUUACGUGGAAGGGACUUUUUAUGGUUAGUUUGGCACUCUUAGUCUUACUGCUGCAUAUUAGGGUUGGGCGGUAUCCAGAUUUUUAUACCGUCAUACCUUUUCUGUACCAUGCCGGGGUACAAGGUAUUACCCGCACAAAACAAUUUAGGCAACAGGGAUCAGGACGGGAUUGAAUGUCUGCUGUAACCAAGAAGCUUCAUCUUGACAUCUAGCCACUUAGCUAGCAAGUUAGCAAACAAAAAUGCAUUGCUGGAGCCCUGAGCUGGAAAUCAUUUAUUUGACACAUCUUAGAUUUGUUAUAGUUAUACUUCUAGUUAUAAGCAGUGACGUAGCACGCACCCCUGCAGCAACACGCCCUGUUUUAAAAAAACGGUAUUGAAAAGCAUACCGUCUGUAUUUAGAAAUAUCCCAGUAUACGGUAUAUCGCCCAAACCUACUGCCUAUAAAACUGUAUUAUGAGAAAGGGAAAACGGAACUGGAUAGGCAGGUACAGUAAUACAGUGGCAUUUUUAUUUGAGCCUCUAGAGCACAAUAUUCCCCGUCAGUACAUUUCCAACGACGACAACCAGCCGCUUUAAACACGGAAAUUACUUCCCAAUUUACGUAACAUCAAUAAAGGAAGACGUUCUAACUUUAACAUGGCUUAUUAAAGGUUGUUUGUCUGUUUCUAAUUCUGUACCUGUCCACUGUUCCCCUGUUUGUUGGAUGUAUUUGUUUUGAUAUGACAUUCUAACUGAACUAUUGUCGCUCUCUUUCUCCUCCCAGAAAAAUGGAACUCACGAAGGAGAGUUUGUGUUCCUGACUGGUGAACGGGACUACAUGGAAUAUGGCAGAAUAGACACAUGGAACGGGCUGACGUAAGGACCCUUUUCCUCAGUUUUUCCACCUUCAUGUUGUUGUGAGGAAUGGAUAUCAAGAAAGUUUCUCAUGUCAGCAUUUUGCUUUUUGGUCGUUGCCCCGGCCAUUGGGUUUACUCAUUGAACAGGGAUGACUUGUUAUCUUUCCAAUUCAAGUAUUCAAAGUCCAAGGAUAAACCCAGUUGUUCCCUGUCAUGACAGAGCAGAUUGCAAAACCUUAUGUUUAAUGGCUUCCAGGCAGUUGAAAUGGAAUCAGUAUUUGGUCCCGUUGUGUUACAAUAACCUUAUGUAGACAAAGGCUUCCUGUUGAUGUCUAACAUUUCCCCUACCUUUCCCCUACCAACAGUGAAAUGUCAUGGUGGUCCUCUAACCAGAGCAACAUGAUCAACGGCACGGAUGGCAGUGUGUUCCACCCUCUGUUAUCCAGGAAAGAGCUGCUGUACAUCUUCGCUGCUGACCUCUGCAGGUACGUCACAGUCGUAUCUCCAAAUCUUGUAUUAUCGGUAGUUUAUGAUUUAUUUACAGUCAAAGCAGCAAGUACAAAGAGGGGCAGUGGUUUAGGUGAUAGCCAGACUGAUAAACAACUGUAGAAGACGCCACACCCUGAUCAUGGUAAAAAGUGUGAGCUGAGCAUGGCGUGAGGAGAAACUGGAAAAACGGCACAUGAUAUGAAAAAGAAGCUUUGAUUCAAUCAUGUACUUUGUCUUCUCAUAGUUACCCAAUGCUCAGCACAGUAUGUGACACAUUUGGGACCACCGUCCUCACACUCUUCUCUGGAAAUGACGUGUAGAUCUGAAUGAAGAAUUCCAAAAUCCUGCCAUAAUUUUGAUGUAAUGAGAAAGUCCUACUACAGUGGGGAGAACAAGUAUUUGAUACACUGGCGAUUUUGCAGGUUUUCCUACUUACAUGUAGAGGUCUGUAAUUUUUAUCAUAGGUACACUUCAACUGUGAGAGACGGAAUCUAAAACAAAAAUCCAGAAAAUCACAUUGUAUGAUUUUUAAGUAAUUAAUUUGCAUUUUAUUGCAUGACAUAAGUAUUUGAUCACCUACCAACCAGUAAGAAUUCCGGCUCUCACAGACCUGUUAGUUUUUAUUUAAGAAGCCCUCCUGUUCUCCACUCAUUACCUGUAUUAACUGCACCUGUUUGAACUCGUUACCUGUAUAAAAGACACCUGUCCACACACUCAAUCAAACAGACUCCAACCUCUCCACAAUGGCCAAGACCAGAGAGCUGUGUAAGGACAUCAGGGAUAAAAUUGUAGACCUGCACAAGGCUGGGAUGGGCUACAGGACAAUAGGCAAGCAGCUUGGUGAGAAGGCAACAACUUUUGGCGCAAUUAUUAGAAAAUGGAAGAAGUUCAAGAUGACGGUCAAUUACCCUCGAUCUGGGGCUCCAUGCAAGAUCUCACCUCGUGGGGCAUCAAUGAUCAUGAGGAAGGUGAGGGAUCAGCCCAGAACUACACGGCAGGACCUGGUCAAUGACCUGAAGAGAGCUGGGACCACAGUCUCAAAGAAAACCAUUAGUAACACACUACGCCGUCAUGGAUUAAAAUCCUGCAGUGCACGCAAGGUCCCCCUGCUCAAGCCAGCGCAUGUCCAGGCCCGUCUGAAGUUUGCCAAUGACCAUCUGGAUGAUCCAGAGGAGGAAUGGUAGAAGGUCAUGUGGUCUGAUGAGACAAAAAUAGAGCUUUUUGGUCUAAACUCCACUCGCCGUGUUUGGAGGAAGAAGAAGGAUGAGUACAACCCCAAGAACACCAUUCCAACCGUGAAGCAUGGAGGUGGAAACAUCAUUUUUUGGGGAUGCUUUUCUGCAAAGGGUACAGGACGACUGCACCGUAUUGAGGGGAGGAUGGAUGGGGCCAUGUAUCGCGAGAUCUUGGCCAACAACCUCCUUCCCUCAGUAAGAGCAUUGAAGAUGGGUCGUGGCUGGGUCUUCCAGCAUGACAACGACCCGAAACACACAGCCAGGGCAACUAAGGAGUGGCUCCGUAAGAAGCAUCUCAAGGUCCUGGAGUGGCCUAGCCAGUCUCCAGACCUGAACCCAAUAGAAAAUCUUUGGAGGGAGCUGAAAGUCCGUAUUGCCCAGCGACAGCCCCGAAACCUGAAGGAUCUGGAGAAGGUCUGUAUGGAGGAGUGGGCCAAAAUCCCUGCUGCAGUGUGUGCAAACCUGGUCAAGACCUACAGGAAACGUAUGAUCUCUGUAAUUGCAAACAAAGGUUUCUGUACCAAAUAUUAAGUUCUGCUUUUCUGAUGUAUCAAAUAAUUAUGUCAUGCAAUAAAAUGCAAAUUACUUAAAAAUCAUACAAUGUGAUUUUCUGGAUUUUUUUUUUAGAUUCCGUCUCUCACAGUUGAAGUGUACCUAUGAUAGAAAUUACAGACCUCUACAUGCUUUAUAAGUAGGAAAACCUGCAAAAUCGGCAGUGUAUCAAAUACUUGUUCUCCCCACUGUACACGUCUUGUGUCCAUAACCUUAUUCCCACUUCUCCCUGUGGUCUAGGUCUAUCCAUCUGGGUUAUGUUGAGGAUGUGGAAGUGAAGGGCAUCCCAGCCUACCGCUUCGCCCCUCCACAUGACGUCCUGCAGAGUCCUGAGGAGAACCCUACCAACGCCGGCUUCUGUGUGCCAGCUGGGGACUGCCUUGGCACCGGGGUGCUUAAAGUCAGUGUUUGCCGAGAAGGUAAGAGACUGUUCAUCACCCUGUUGCAACCCUGGUUUGCAUAACAAAGCAUGCGCCCCACUUACCCACUGUUUUGAUUUGACUAAUAACAUAACCUAUUUUUUUGGACUGAAAAGAAUACCGCAGUCAGUCUAGUUCUAGCUGCAAUAAAUAUCAGAAAUUCCCAUGUUUGACUAUGCAGAUUUUACAAUAGUGUAGAUGGUGAAUGAUUAACUCUGGAUGAGGGCUAUAAAACACUUGAAUUGCCUGCAUAGCUAUGAACUUGAGGGCUAGGAUAAGGCAUAUCUCUAAAUAGUUUCCCCUCAUAAAACAAUCGAUGUACAAACACAUGGUAUAUAAAUGCACUACUGUAACCCUUAAGUCUCGUGGGGGGAGUAGAUCUGUCUUUAAGUCCCAUACUGUAUGUGUGUUAAGAAACAUCCGCAUUUGCGGUGUGGUGCAGCAGAGAAAGUUCAACAAUCUGGAUGCUGUUAUGACUGAGUAAUCUCAGGGCUACAAGUGAACUAGGGCCCUUGUUAAUGCCUUUUGUUGGUAUGAAUUUCAUUUGUCAGAUAUUGCAGUUUAGAGUCGUUUCCAUAUUCCUUAGUGAGGGUUAUUAACUCACUCAAGUUGUACCACAGAAUGAAAUGGAACACAUUAUGUUGUGUCUCUGAGGUAGUACCUUGUGGAACUUCAGAAUGGUCAUUCUGACCUCAAAGGAAUUGUUUUUCUCUUGGGUUGUGAAAAACGGCCAUCAUUUCACCGUGUCAUCUUAUCAGAACCUGUCCGGUAUGGGCUGCCUUUCCAAUGGCAAGGAAGGAACUCAACACAUAUUUUUGCUAUCUGUUCCGCUAUCUCUGUGCUUGGGUUAUAAUACCAGAUAGCACACAUUAGCAAUCUCUCACAUCUGUCCAUGAUAUUUGUCCUUGAUAUUUCCUUUUUAGAUCCUCAAUAUUCAAACAUUUGACUUUGUUUUGCUUAAUCGUCCCUGAUGGAAGUCCAGGAUAAGGAUAUAGGUUAUUUGAGCAUAGCUGAGGGUGCUGCUUGUGGUGUUUUGUCUCUUAAAGGUCCAAUGCAGCUGUUUCUCCAUAUCAAAUAAUUUCUGGGUAACAAUUUAAGUACCUUACUGUGAUUGUUUUAAAUUAAAAUGGUAAAAAACUAACAAAAAUAGCUUCUUGGCAAAGAGCAAAGACUGUUUGGGAGUGGUCUGAGUGGGGAGAAAAAAAUAGGUGCUGUUAUUGGCAGAGCGGUUGGGAACUCUCUUUCUUAUUGGUCUAUUAACUAAUUUAGUGCCUGGUGUUGCAGGCCAAAACUCCAUCCCACCAAAAUAGGCUGAAAUUCUAUCUGCAAUAUUAAACCUGAUCUACCCCCUAAAACAUUUAAAAAUAAUUGCCUGAAAUUUCAGGCGCUCUUUUCAAACCGCUCUUACACUAAAAGGGCAUUAUCAUAAUUUUCACAAUUUCACAGUAUUAUUCCAACCAAAGAGUGGAGAUUUAGAUAACACAGAAUAUGCACAUUUUUGACUGCACUGGGCCUUUUAAAUCAUGUUUCACCCCCAUCUCCUUCCUCUUGUCCAUAGGUGCUCCUAUUGUGGUGUCAUUCCCCCACUUCUAUCAGGCAGAUGACAAGUACAUUAACGCUGUUGAAGGACUGAGCCCCAACAAGGAGGAGCAUGAGACUUACCUUGACCUUAAUCCAGUAUGAACAAACAUUUUAUCUAACAUCUAAAGUCAUAAGGCCAAUAUGUGGGAUAUGUUAUGGGGCCUAAACUAAGUGCCCAGUUUAUUAGGUACACCCAUCUAGUACCGGGUGAAACCCCCCUUUAGCCAUGAAGGGAUGCACCUGGUCAGCAACAAUGUUCAGAUACACUGUGGCGUUCAAACGUUGCUCGAUUGGUAUCAAGGGAUCUAACGUGUGCCAGGAAAACACUCCCCACUCCCUACACCAUUACACCACCUCCACCAGCCUGUACCGUUGACACCAGGCAGGAUGGGGCCAUGGACUCGUGCUGCUUACGCCAAAUCCUGACUCUGCCAUCAACAUGACACAACAGGAACCAGGAUUUGUGUUCCUGUUUGGCCCGCCUGUUAGCUUGCACGAUUCUUGCCAUUCUCCUUCGACCUCGCUCAUCAAUAAGCUGUUUUCACCCACAGGACUGCUGCUGACUGGAUGUGUUUUGCUUGUUGCACCAUUCUCGGUAAACCCGAGACACUGUCGUGCGUGAAAAGCCCAGGAGGCCGGCCGUUUCUGACAUACUGGAACCGGCGCGCCUGGCAUCGACGAUCAUACCACGCUCAAAGUCGCUUAGGUUACUCGUUUUGCCCAUUCUAACGUUCAAUCGAACAGUAACUGAAUGCCUGUUUGACUGCUUUAUAUAGCAAACCACGUCCACGUGACUCAGGAGCAAGCCAUUUUCAUGAACGGGGUGGUGUACCUAAUAAAUACUGUUUACAUAGUCUCAAUCUGAUAACAAAUAUACUGUAUUUAGUAGCUGUGUGACAUUUUGUACAGUUGAAGUCGGAAGUUUACAUACACUUAGGUUGGAGUCAUUGAAACUCGUUUUUCAACCACUCCACAAAUUUCUUGUUAACAAACUAUCGUUUUGGCAAGUCGGUUAGGACAUCUACUUUGUGCAUGACACAAGUAAUUUUUCCAACAAUUAUUUACAGACAGAUUAUUUCACUUAUAAUUCACUGUAUCACAAUUCCAGUGGGUCAGAAGUUUACAUACACUAAAUUGACUGUGCCUUUAAACAGCUUGGAAAAUUCCAGAAAAUGAUGUCAUGGCUUUAGAAGCUUCUGAUAGGCUAAUUGACAUCAUUUGAGUCAAUUGGAGAGGUACUAGUGGAUGUAUUUCAAGGCCUACCUUCAAACUCAGUGCCUCUUUGCUUGACAUCAUGGGAAAAUCAAAAGAAAUCAGCCAAGACCUCUGAAAACAAAUUGUAGACCUCCAAGUCUGGUUCAUCCUUGGGAGCAAUUUCCAAAUGCCUGAAGGUACCACGUUCAUCUGGACAAACAAUAGUACGCAAGUAUAAACACCAUGGGACCACACAGCCGUCAUACCGCUCAGGAAGGAGACACAUUCUGUCUCCAAGAGAAGAACGUACUUUGGUGCAAAAAGUGCAAAUAAAUCCCAGAACAACAGCAAAUGACCUUGUGAAGAUGCUGGAGGAAACAGGUACAAAAGUAUCUAUAUCCACAGUAAAACGAGUCCUAUAUCGACAUAACCUGAAAGGCCGCUCAGCAAGGAAGAAGCCACUGCUCCAAAACCGCCAUAAAAAAGCCAGACUAUGGUUUGCAACUGCACAUUGGGACAAAGAUCUUACUUUUUGGAGAAAUGUCCUCUGGUCUGAUGAAACAAAAAUAGAACUGUUUGGCCAUAAUGACCAUCGUUAUGUUUGGAGGAAAAAGGGGGUUGCUUGCAAGCCGAAGGACACCAUCCCAACCGUGAAGCACGGGGGUGGCAGCAUCAUGCUGUGGGGGUGCUUUGCUGCAGGAGGGACUGUUGUACUUCACAAAAUAGAUGGCAUCAUGAGGAAGGAAAAUGAUGUGGAUAUAUUGAAGCAACAUCUCAAGACAUCAGUCAGGAAGUUAAAGCUUGGUCGCAAAUGGGUCUUCCAAAUGGACAAUGACCCCAAGCAUACUUCCAAAGUUGUGGCAAAAUGGCUUAAGGACAACAAAGUCAAGGUAUUGGAGUGGCCAUCACAAAGCCCUGACCUCAAUCCUAUAGAAAUUGUGUGGGCAGAACUGAAAAAGCGUGUGCGAGCAAGAAGGCCUACAAACCUGACUCAGUUACACCAGCUCUGUCAGGAGGAAUGGGCCAAAAUUCACCCAACUUAUUGUGGGAAGCUUAUGGAAGGCUACCCAAAAUGUUUGACCCAAGUUAAACAAUUUAAAGGCAAUGCUACCAAAUGCUAAUUGAGUGUAUGUAAACUUCUGACCCAGUGGGAAUGUGAUGAAAGAAAUUAAAGCUUAAAUAAAUCAUUCUCUACUAUUAUUCUGACAUUUCACAUUCUUAAAAUAAAGUGGUGAUCCUAACUGACCUAAGACAGGGCAUUUUUACUAGGAUUAAAUGUCAGGAAUUGUGAAAAACUGAGUUUAAAUGUAUUUGGCUAAGGUGUAUGUAAACUUCCAACUUCAACUGGAUGUGUGUUUAUGCAGUACCAGUUGAUUAUUAAGAUUUGCUGUCUCCAUAUUGGAAAGGACAAGAUGUAACUGCAUGUUUCAAUUUAUUUUGUAUUUCUAGACCACUGGUGUCCCCAUCCGUGCCUGCAAGAGAGCCCAGCUCAAUAUCAUUUUGAACAGAGUUCCAGGCUUCCCGUAAGUAAAAAUCAGAACAGUUUUCCACACUUUGAAGCCUGAUCUUUUUUUCACUCAAUUCGUAUGAGGGAUGAGAAGGCCCAUUGUUGAACCUCGAGUUCUCACUGCAUUUUCUCUUCUGCAGCAAAACCAAACAUCUAAAGGAGAUAAUUUUCCCUAUCAUGUUUGUCAAUGAGGUAAGACAUAUAUCCUCCAUCCCUCACUCUCCAAUUUAUUUUGUGAAAUUCAGUCGGUCUCACGCGCAGCGUAGAAAUGUCAAAUUAAGUUGUAUCAGACAUUGAAAAAAUCUAGAAAUAUAGCCAGAGAUAACCCUUUAUUACUGGUCUAUUAUUAAGACUAGUUAAUAACUGGUUUACAGCAUCCAUUAAUAACACCAGUUAAUAACAUAGUAAAGACAGGUUGAUAACCUUAGUGAACCCCCACCUCCCCCAGACGGCCACUAUCGACGAUGACUCUGCUGCCCAGAUGAGGACCCUGCUGCUCAUCGUGACCCUGGUGUCCAACUUCCCUCUGCUCAUCGUGGGCAUGGGCGCCAUCCUGCUCAUAGUCUUCGUCAUCCUGGUCUGCAGGUCUCGCCAGAAGAAGGUAAGACCUCCCCUCUACCCUUGCACUUACUCCCAGGACACCCCAAACAAGAAUAUUCAUUAGCUUCUCUGAAAUAUAGUGUAAAUUGUACAUUUCAUUAACAAUUGGGCACUUCACUCACAAUAUGUCAGUUGUUGUGAAGGAUUUCAUAAGUGAUUAGUCUAUAGGGGUGCAAUGACACAACAAAGGUUUUAUGUUAGCUUUGACUGUGUUCCAUGUUUAUCUGUUUAUAUACCAUUUAUUCUUCUAUAUUAACAUCACUGGUCUGGUGACUGAGGGUAACCUCACAUAGUCAGCAUGUCCUACCUCCUGUAAUGUCUGUAUGAAAUGUUAUUCCGGCUGGCGUUUCUAACAAUUGAAACCACUGAUGUCAGAACAGGAAGUAUAUAUCUGAAUUGAGCAGUUCCCCGUUGGCAGACUGUCACAAUGAUAACAGUGUAUAGUCUACAGUGGCGUACAGGCACUGAACUCAAGUAAUCCUGUAGAAUAGCCAGUGUACUUUCAACACUUACGUGUUUGUCUAGGUUAGUCGAUCUGACCCCUUGUGCAUGACCCCAUUCCCCACCCAUCAGUCAUGACUCAGAUAGAUAAGAGUUAGCUUAGUAUCUUCCCCACAUGGUUCAACAACAGACAUAGGCCUGCCUACAUGUUCAUGCUGAGAAACAAAAUAGGAGUUCACAUCACAGACAGAGAAUUGGUAUUUUUAAAGUAUUCAGAUAAAUAUUGUUUUAUCAAAUAAAGCUAUUAUAAAGAACUGUAUAGUUACCGUAUUAUGAUAAAACAUUUCUGUAACCCCCCCCCCUUUUUCCUUUCUGUUUUAGAAUGAAGUAAAACGUAUUGAUUUUACUGAAGCUUUUCAUUCUUUUACUGUAAGUCUUCAUUUUGCUUCGUUUGCUAUUUUCUUUGAGCUGUUAGCAAUUCUUGCUUGUUGCUUAUCAUUUAAAUUAUCUUUAGGGAUGAUAUAUGGCCAAAAGUAUGUGGACACCUGCUCGUUGAAUAUCUCAUUAAAAAAUCAUGGGCAUUACUAUGGAGUUGGUCCCCCCUUUGCUCUUAUAACAGCCUCCACUCUUCUGGGAAGCCUUUCCACUAGAUGUUGGAACAUUGCUGCGGGGACUUGCUUCCAUUCAGCCACAAGCAUUAGUAGAGCAUGGCGCUUGUAACGCCAGGGUAGUGGGUUCGAUCCCCGGGACCACCCAUACGUAAAAAUGUAUGCACACAUGACUGUAAGUCGCUUUGGAUAAAAGCGUCUGCUAAAUGGCUUAUUAUUAUUAUUAGUGAGGUCGGGAACUAAUGUUGGGCGAUUAGGCCUGGCUUGCAGUCACAAAGGUGUUCAAUGGGGUUGAGGUCAGGGCUCUGCAGACCAGUCAAGUUCUUCCACACCGAUCUCGGCAAACCAUUUCUGUAUGGACCUUGAUUUGUGCACGGGGGCAUUGUCAUGCUGAAACAGGAAAGGGCCUUCCCCAAACUGUUGCCACGAAGUUGGAAGCACAGAAUCGUCUAGAAUGUCAUUGUAUGCUGUAGCAUUAAGAUUUCCCUUCACUGGAACUAAGGGGCCUAGUCUGAACCAUGAAAAACAGCCCAUGACCAUUCCUCCUCCAUCAAACUUUAAAGUUUGCACUAUGCAUUUGGGCAGGUAGCGUUCUCCUGGCAUCUGCCAAACACAGAUUUGUCCGUCGGACUGCCAGAUGGUGACGCGUGAUUCAUCACUCCAGAGAACGCGUUUCUACUUCUCCAAAGUCCAAUGGCGGCAAGCUUUACACCACUCCGGCCGGCGCUUGGCAUUGCGCAUGGUGAUCUUAGGCUUGUGUGCGGCUGCUCUGCCAUGGAAACUAAUUUCAUGAAGCUCCCGACGAACAGUUCUUGUGCUGACGUUGCUUCCGAAGGCAGUUUGGAACUCGGUCGUGAGUGUUGCAACCGAGGACAGAAUUUUUUUGCCCGCUACGGUCCUGUUCUAUGAGCUUGUGUGGCCUACCACUUUGAGGCUGAGCCGUUGUUGCUCCUAGACCUUUCCACUUUACAAUACCAGCACUUACAGUUGACUGGGGCAGCUCUAGCAGGGCACAAAUUUGACGAACUGACUUGUUGGAAAGGUGGCAUCCUAUGACGGUGCCACGUUGAAAGUCACUGAGCUCUUCAGGAAGGCCGUUCUACUGCUAUUGUUUGCCUAUGGUGAUUUGCAUGGCUGUGUGCUCGAUUUUAUACACCUGUCAGCAAUGGGUGUGGCUGAAAUAGCAGAAUCCACAAAUUUGAAGGGGUGUCCACAUACGUGUGUGUGUGUGUGUGUGUGUGUGUGUGUGUGUGUGUGUGUGUGUGUGUGUGUGUGUGUACUGAACAAAUAUAUAAACGCAACAUGUAAAGUGUUGGUCCCAUUUUUCAUGAGCUGAAAUAAAAGAUCCUGGAAAUUUUCCAUACGCGCAAAAAGCUUAUUAAUCUCCAUUUCUUUGUACAAAUUUGCUUACAUCCCUGUUAGUGAGCGUUUCUCCUUUGCCAAGAUAAUCCAUCCACCUGGACAGGUGUGGCAUAUCAAGAAGCUGAUUAAACAGCAUGAUCAUUACAAAAGGCCACUCUAAAAUGUGCCGUUUUGUCAUACAACAUAAUGCCACAGAUGUCUCAAGUUUUGAGGGAGCGUGCAAUUGGCAUGCUGACUGCAGGAAUGUCCACCAGAGCUGUUGCCAGAGAAUGAAAAUGUAGAUUUCUCUACCAUAAGCCGCCUCCAACGUCGUUUUAGAGAAUGUUGCAGUACAUCAACCGGCCUCACAACCGCAGACCAUGUGUAACCACGCCAGCCCAUGACCUCCACAUCCGGCUUCUUCAACUGUGGGAUCGUCUGAGGAAGGGGAGGGGGGGUGCUGAAGAGUAUUUAUUUCUGUAAAAAGCCCUUUUGUGGGGAAAAACUCAUUCUGAUUGGCUGGGUCUGGCUCCCCAGGCCCACCCAUUGCUGCGCCCCUGCCUAGUCAUGUGAAAUCCAUAGGUUAGGGCCUAAUGAAUUAUGUCAAUUGACUGAUUUCCUUCUAUGAACUGUAACUCAGUAAAAUCUUUGAAAUUGUUGCAUGUUGCAUUUAUAUUUUUGUUCAGUAUAUAUGUAUGCAUACAUACACUGAACAAAAAUAUAAGUAAUUGAAAUAAAUUCAUUAGGCCCUAAUCUAUGGAUUUCACAUGACUGGGAAUACAGAUAUGCAUCUGUUGAUCACAGAUUACUUAAAAAGAAAAAAGGUAGGUGCGUGGAUCAGAAAACCAGUCAGUAUCUGGUGUGACCACAAUUUGUUUCAUGCAGCGCGACACAUCUCCUUUGCAUAGAGUUGCUCAGGCUGUUAAUUGUGGCCUGUGGAAUGUUGUCCCACUCCUCUUCAAUGGCUGUGCAAAGUUGCUGGAUAUUGGCGGGAACUGGAACACACGGUCAUACAUGUCCAUCCAGAGCAUUCCAAACAUGUUCAAUGGGUGACAUGUCUGGUGAGUAUGGAGGCCAUGGAAGAACUGGGACAGUUUUAGUUUCCAGGAAUUGUCUACAGAUCCUUGCGACAUGGGGCCGUGCAUUAUCAUGCUGAAACAUGAGUUGAUGGCGCCGGAUGAAAGGCACGACAAUGGGCCUCAGGAUCUCGUCACGGUAUCUCUGUGCAUUCAAAUUGCCAUCGAUAAAAUGCAAUUGUGUUCCUUGUCCAUAGCUUAAACCUGCCCAUACCAUAACCCCACCACCACCAUGGGUCACUCUGUUCACAACGUUGACAUCAGCAAACUGCUCACCCACACAACAUCAUACACGUGGUCUGCGGUUGUGAGGCCGGUUGGACGUACUGCCAAAUUCUCUAAAAUGACGUUGGAGGCAGCUUAUGGUAGAGAAAUCAACAUUCAAUUCUCUUGCAACAGCUCUGGUGGACAUUCCUGCAGUCAGCAUGCCAAUUGCACACUCUCUCAAAACAAAAUUGCACAUUUUAGAGUGGCCUUUUAUUGUCCCCAGCACAAGGUGCACCUGUGUAAUGAUCAUGCUGUUUAAUCAGCUUCUUGAUAUGCCACACCUGUCAGGUGGAUGGAUUAUCUUGGCAAAGGAGAAAUGCUCAUUAACAGGGAUGUAAACAGAUUUGAGCACAAGUGUGUAUGGAACAUUUCUGGGAUCUUUUAUUUCACAUUUUACAUGUUGCAUUUAUAUUUUUGUUCAGUGUGUAUCUAUCUCAUUCCUGCUUCAUAUUAUAUUUUUUAUUUAAGUUAAAAAGUAUUUGGGGUUUGUUGGUUUUGUACAGUGACAUUAAUUCAUGAUUCAUCCUCCAUUAGUUUAUUCUAUAACAUUGCAUUAAACAUUUCAUUUUCAUGUGUAUAACAUUUCCAAUUUAGUUAUAAGUAUAUAACCGGUUGUUGUUUUCAUGGUGGAAUUCUGCUUUGUCCUUUACAAAAUAUUCUUCCCUCUCCAGACGGCAAAAGACGAAACUGCCUACACACAAGUCAGCGAUAAACCAGAGGUUGAACCAUCAGACAACAACCACACCAACCAGCCAAUGAGGAACGGCUCCUACAUCGCCAUGUCUCCUGUGGAGGCUCAGAAGUGUUGA